GUGAUUAAAUAUGUUGCGAAAUUUCCAUUCCAUACAUUAGAUUGUUAAUAAAUUGAUUUUUUAAUCAAAUUAAAUAAAUACAUCUAGUUAAAACUUAAAAUGCAUAGAAAAGUUAUAAUUGCUUCGUUAUUGCUUCUUUUUAUCCAAAUGUCAAAUGGUUUGCUUCGUCGGUGUUUUCAAUGCCGAUCUAGAGGUGAACUUGGAAGCUGUAAAGAUCCAUUCUCUUUUAAUGCAACUGAUGUUGAAAAUGAACCCGGAUUGUCGGCUGUACCAUGUGCAUCUGGAUGGUGUGGAAAAGUAAUUGAAGGUGGUGGCACAUAUGCCGUGGACGACUACGAUCAGGCAAUACAGCGGAUGUGUGUGCAACGGGGUCCUGAUGACAAUCAAGAUCGCUGCGCCAACACAGUUUACAAUUAUAAAAAAGUGUAUAUGUGCUUUUGCCAAGGAGAUUUAUGCAACUCAAGUUCAAAUAUUAGCAGUCAUUUUUGUUAUUUGGGUAUUUUAAUAGUCGCUUUUGUAUGUAAUACUUUCUUUUCCUUCCAACGAUAAAUUUAGAUUAAGUGUUCCUCAACACUCUCUAAAUUAAAUUAAAAUCCCGUUUAUAUUGUUAAUAAAAAUGAAACACGAAA